UCCAGUAAGUUGGACGUGCACUGGCUUCAUCAUCAGAUCCAAAACCUCAUCAGAACUGUUGCAAUGGAGAGUAUCGGAAAACCCCCGAACAUCCUCUUAUUAUGUCCGUUAAUCGUGACUGUGGCGUGCGCGCAAAGUAGCAGAGACCCGAGCAAUAUGCCAGUGGUCAAAGACACCGUGGACAGACUCAUGAAAGGAUACGACAUUCGGCUAAGGCCAGAUUUUGGAGGAGCUCCGGUGGCGGUGGGAAUGAAUAUAGACAUAGCCAGCAUAGACAUGGUCUCCGAAGUAAAUAUGGAUUACACCCUGACCAUGUAUUUCCAGCAAGCCUGGCGAGACAAACGUUUGUCUUACACUGAGAUCCCCCUUAAUUUGACCUUGGAUAACCGCGUUGCGGACCAGCUGUGGGUGCCUGACACCUACUUCCUCAACGAUAAGAAAUCCUUCGUUCACGGAGUCACAGUCAAGAACCGCAUGAUACGGCUGCACCCUGAUGGCACUGUGCUGUAUGGAUUAAGGAUCACCACCACGGCUGCCUGUAUGAUGGACCUGAGGCGAUACCCGCUGGACGAGCAGAACUGCACGUUGGAGAUCGAGAGCUAUGGCUACACCACAGAUGAUAUCGAGUUCUACUGGCGAGGGGGAGAAGGUGCAGUUUCGGGAGUGGAGAGGAUAGAACUGCCCCAAUUCUCCAUCGUGGACUACAAACUCAUCUCCAAGAAUGUGGUCUUUUCUACAGGUUCCUACCCACGUCUGUCCCUCAGUUUCAAACUGAAGAGGAACAUUGGUUACUUCAUCCUGCAGACUUACAUGCCAUCCAUCCUGAUCACUAUCUUAUCCUGGGUUUCUUUCUGGAUCAACUAUGAUGCUUCUGCUGCCCGAGUGGCUUUAGGUAUUACCACUGUGCUGACUAUGACCACCAUAAACACCCACUUGAGAGAGACCCUUCCCAAGAUCCCCUAUGUGAAAGCCAUAGACAUGUACCUGAUGGGCUGCUUUGUCUUUGUUUUCCUUGCCCUGCUGGAGUACGCCUUCGUCAAUUAUAUCUUCUUCGGCAGAGGCCCUCAGCGUCAGAAGAAGGCGGCGGAAAAAGCAGCCACGGCGAACAAUGAGAAACUCAGACCAGACCCCAACAAGUGGUUGGUGGGAAGUGUAGUUCAGAGAGACGAUACUCUCUAUGCCAGAAUGAAACAGAGGGAAAUUGAUGGUUAUGACUCGAUGUGGGAUCCGAUCUUUACGGAGGAUGCAGCAUUAGGACUAGGCGAUCAAAGACUUAAGAUGACCCCCGAUGAUAUCCGACUGACCACAGUGGAGAUGAAGAAUGAAAUGGGAGCGUCCGAGCUGUCCAGGGGUUUGGGUGACCCGCGUAGCACCAUGCUAGCCUAUGACAGCUCCACCCUUCAGUACCGCCGGGCGGCGAUGGCUCGGCAAAACUACGGCCACAGCGCCCUGGAGCGCCACGCCACCCAGAAGAAAAGCAGGCUCAGAAGACGGGCUUCCCAGCUUAAGGUGAACAUCCCUGACCUGUCUGAUGUCAACUCCAUCGACAAGUGGUCGAGAAUGAUCUUCCCCACCGUGUUUUCCUUUUUCAACGUAAUUUACUGGCUUUACUAUGUCCAUUAAACCAAUGAAAAGAGAGGGAUGGACUCGAAAAUAAACAACAAAGAAAAUUAAAAAAUAAAAUAAAACAGCACACCCUUUUUCUGCUGAUUUAUUUAAAAUAUUUAGAGGAAAGACUAAGGCAAGACUGUGUCAAAGGGAAAAAAUAUCAGGAUAGACUUUUUUCUGAGGAAAACUUCAACAUCAGAGGAACUGGAGAAAAAAAGGCUUGUUCCAGCAAUUCAAUAUAUCACUUAUAUUUGACAUAUGUAGAUUAAUCUGUGGAUCAAAUAUUUAUGCUUGUAUUUGCAUAUAUUUUAAGGAAAUGUUCUAUUUAUUUAUUUUUGCUUAUUAUAUGUUUGCUUCGUAGUCACCUGCAUCCGGGAAAGCUUUACAAAUGAUUUUAAAAGGAGUCAAAAGAGUCUUGACAGUCUAUUUUAUUAUAGUUGUAUAUCAGGUAUCUUUUAAAAGCAUGCUUUGGUUUGUUUUAUUUAUCUCUUGCAGAGAGCUGGAGCACAAUGUAUUUUAAUUUGACAGUUUAAUAGUUCUUCUGUUUCUUGAAAUGUGUUUGCAGAAUGCAAUGCAAAGGCACUGUCAGGAAGCCAUACAGGGUAUUUUCACAGGUAUUUUCACAGCAGGUCCUUUUUAAUAUUGUUUUUUUUUUUUUUAAUGUUGGGCCAAAAGAAACUCAGCCCUGUUAACACAGAGGUUUUAUCUGAUGCAGGGAAUUUAAUGGUAAUAUUAAUUGACAAAGGACUUAUGACAUGGCAAAUGGCAAGGACGGAUGGACAUGGACCAUUACCCUGGUGGAUGGACAAACUGUCCUCUCUGGCUAUGUCAAACGUACUUGGGUCGUGUAAAUCUCUACACUGUACAAACUUUGUGUGGUGAGCACAGCUAUUGGGAAAAAUGGCGGUUUAACAUCUCUCAAGUGUUUUCCACAUAUAGGUGUUUUGGACCGCAACAAUGGAAGAUGCAAUAUAUCUGUAAUACAUUAACACUAUCGAUAGAUAUAAGUUGAAAACUAGUAGCUGAUAUUACAUUACGGUAAAAAAAGAAAAAUAGAAACAUUUUUGAUUCAAUACUUAUAAUAUCAGAUGUUAAUGAUAUGGUUCAUUAUUUAAACGUAUUUUUUGGUGUAUUAGAUUUCUUAAUGUUGAAGACUUUGGUUGAAAAAAAAUAUUUCUUCUGAAAAUUUGGGCAGAUGAUCAGAAUGUUUUUAAAAGGCCUCAAAGUGCACUAGUUGAAUUUAAGCAAGAAACGAUUCAUUUACUACUCUGAAAUUUAUUGUAUCACUUAAGUUCACUAACAAAAUGUGAUGGGAUCUGGAACAUACAAUCAAGGCAUCCGUCAGGCAAUUUUGUAUAAAAUCCUGUAAAUUCUAAUGAUAUUUCAUAAUGACUUGUAAAUAUAUAUAUUGUGUAAUGACUGUCAACAAUAAUGAAAAUGUAUCUAAAUUAAAUUAUUAAAGCUUAA